AUGUACAAAUGCGGCAGCAGUGAAUACAACAGACGCAACAGCAGCAGCAGCAAGGAAGAGAGCAGCAGCACCAACAGCACCACCAGCAGCAGUAACAAAGGCAGCAACAGCAGCAGCAGCAGCGGCAUCAGCAUCAACAAAAACGGCAGCAACAGCAACAGCAUCAACACCGACAACAGCAUCAACGCAGCAGCAGAAUAUCAGCAGAAACAGCAGCAGCAGCAGCAGCACCAGAAGCAGCAGCAGCAGCAGCAGCAGCACCAGAAGCAGCAGCAGCAGCAGCACCAGAAGCAGCAGCAGCAGCAGCACCAGAAGCAGCAGCAGCACCAGAAGCAGCAGCAGCACCAGAAGCAGCAGCAGCAGCAGCAGCAGCAGCUUGCCUUGGUUUUCAGGAGUGUCAGACAGGCUAGAGAGAGUGAGAGGACGAGAGAAAGAGAGGAGAGAAAGAGAGAAAGAGAAAGAGAGAGAGAAAGAGAGAAAGAAAGAAACUAA